AAAGUACCUUUGUGUUAGUUUAAUUUGUUGCAAAAAUGUCAACUGACGCAGUUGGUUUUACUAUAACAGAGACCAAAAGAAAAAAAUCCUUUUACGAUGAAGAAGAAAUUGUUAUAAAACCAUCAACUGAGUUAAUUCCUGAUGAAUACAAACACGAUGUUGAAGAAAAUGUGUUAUUGCACAUUUUCAAAACCGAUUACGAUGAAGGAACGGCUGAAGAAUUGUUAGAAGCAGCAAAAUAUAUCAAGUAUAAAGUGAAUAAUGACAAUUUACAUAAUCUCAACACACGGGAAGAAUUUUAUGAAGAUAUUGAGAAAAUUAAAAAAGAAUCGGCCAAUAAAAGUGGCCUUUUUAUGAUUUUUAUCGGCUAUUUUGAAAGAAAACACCCGAAUGGAACCAUCGCUUUCAUGAACGAACGCAAAAACAACUACCUUCAAGUGAAAGAGAUUUGGAACACGUUUUCGGCGAAUAAUUGUCCGGAAUUGAAGAAUAAACCCAAAAUUUUCAUGUUUUGUGUCUCAGGGGCCCCAUAUGCCGUCCAAUCGGACGCUUUGAGACACCGAAGUAUGGCUUUUGAAAAAGUCUACGACUUUCCCGCCGAAUCUGACAUGUUAAUAGUGUAUAAAAAAGUCGAUGAUGUCUCCCCACACGUGCAGAUAUUUCUUAGUAAUUUCAGCCAAAACAUGAGAAAUCACAGCAAAAAAUACGACAUUAUCGAUUUGGUGAGUCACAUCAACGAGGAGAAUUCCCGACAUGUCCCUUUGAUCAUUUCCACACUGACUCGAAAAUUUUAUUUGACUCCGAAUGUGGAGCGGGAGCAUUUUUUGUCCGUUGUUGAGAAUACGAGUAGUGUGCAAAACGAUCUUCAGAAGAUUAAGGAAGAUUUGGAGAAGUUGCAUCACGAGCUUCAGAAAAAGAAGAAAAUGUUUGGGUUUAGUUUCAAGAAGAAGAGCGAAGAUAGGCCGAACAUUGAGACAAGGAGUGAUAAAGUGGAACAAAGGAGAAGUGUGAAAUCGGGGGAAGUACAGAGGGGGAGGUUGAGUGGCACUCCAAAGAGUCCAAAACCGGUUUUAAGAUCGAGAAAGCCGUCUGAAACCGAGGGAGAGGAGAAGAAGAAACCGAUGUGGAGGUUUUAAGAUUUGUAACUAGUCGUUAUCUUGCAUAAAUAAAAUAUGAGUAUUUUUCUUCAA